AUGGGUACUACACUUCGUAAACAUUUGAAACCAUCAUGUUUACACGAAGAAUUUGAAAAAAAUUCACUUUCAUCUUCAUCAAAUAUUCAAGAAUCAUCAAUAGAACCUUUACCUGAUGGUAUAACACUUCUAUGGCUUGAUCCAUGUGCUAGUGAAUCUCAUUCAAUUGAUGAUAAAAAUAUUAUCAAUUAUUUAUGUCAAUUGAAUAUAGCUUCAAUUCGACUUUAUGAUAAUAUUAAUUUAUGUCUUAAUUUUUUAAAAUCUCUUUUAUAUAUUAAAAAAAAUCAAUUUUCAAAAAUAUUUCUUAUUAUAUCCGAUGUAUUUUGUUUAGAAAUUUUACCUCAAUUAAAAUCUAUAUCAACAAUUGAUUCAAUUUUUAUUUAUUCUAUAAAUCAAAUAAAAUAUCAAGAAUUAAUUAAAGAAUAUGAAUCAUUAAUAAUUAAUAUUUGUACAAAUAUUGAUGAUCUAUAUAAUUGUAUUAAUAAACAAAUAGAAGAAUGUGAUAAAUUAAGAUUAGUUUUUCAUUUUUUUUCACAAGAACAAAAUACAACAAGAGAUUUAACUAAUGAUGCUGCAUCAUUUCUUUGGUUUCAAUUAUUUCAAAUAAUAAUAAGUAAUUUAAAAUGUACAGAAAAUGAUAUGAAUAUAAUGCUUAAUUAUUGUUCAAAACAAUUACAAGAAAAUACAAAUCAAAUAAAAAUUUUAACUGAAAUUGAAGAAUUUCGUCAAAAUUAUACAAGUGAUAAUGCUAUUUAUUGGUAUACUAAAGAAACAUUUGUUUAUCGUCUUCUUAAUCGAUCGUUACGUACAGAAGAUAUUGAAGCAUUAUAUAUAUUUCGAUUUUUUAUUGCUGAUUUAUGUCGACAAUUAAAAUUUGAACAUGAAAAAUUACAAAAAAAAGAAAAUCAAUCAUCUAUUUUAAUACUUUAUCGUGGUGCACAUAUUUCAAGUGAAGAAUUAAAUAAUUUAGUUGAAACAAUUGGACAUUUAACAAGUUUAAAUGGUUUUAUUUCAACAAGUAUAGAAAAAAGUGUUGCUAUGAAUUUUUUAAAAAAACAAACAUCAAGAAAAACAAAUAUUGAAAAAAUUUUAUUUAUUAUUGAAGUUAAUAUUCAAUCUGAAUAUAUAAUAUGUGCUUAUAUAAAAGAAUUAAGUGCAUUACCAGAUGAAGAAGAAGUUUUAUUUAACAUAGGAACUGUAUUUUAUAUUGAAAAAAUUAUAUUUGAUACAGAUGAAAAAAUUUGGAAUAUUUAUAUGAAAGCUACUGAAGAUGGUCGAAAUGCAGCACAUGAUUAUAUUGAAUUAAUUCAUCAAGAAUUAACAGAUACAAAUGUAUCAGUUAUAUUUGGACAACUUUUUAUUCAAAUGGGAAAAUAUAUUAUAGCACAAAAAUAUUUUCUUGAUUUACUUGAAUAUUCAAAAGAUUAUGAUGAUAAUGAUCGAGAUUUAUUAUCUAUACGUUAUCAUUUAGCAUUAACUUAUAGUUAUCAAUAUGAUUUAAUUCAUGCUGAAAAUCUUUUAAAAGAAAUUUAUAAAUAUUAUAAAAUAAAUGAUAUUAAUCUUGCUCGUAUAGAAAAUGGUCUUGGAUGGAUUUAUCAUCAUAAUGGUGAAUUAGAUGAAGCAAUGAAACAUUAUCAAGCAGCUUUUAAUCUUGCUUCUAAACAAUUAGAAUUAAAUCAUUUAAUUAAUGCACAAACAUGUAGUCUUCUAGGUGAUUGUUAUCUUGAAAAAUAUGAUUUUGAUCAAGCAGAAAUAUUUAAUAAAAAAGCUUUAGAUAUUGAACGUUUACGUUUACCUAUUAAUCAUCCACGUAUUGGUGUUACACUUAAUGAUAUAGGUGAUGUAUAUCGUAAACGAAAACAAAUGCAAAUAGCAUUAGAUUAUUAUGAACAAGCUGAAUCAAUUUUUCAUCAAAGUUUACCAAAAUAUCAUCCUUAUAAAGCUUAUUGUUGGUCAUGUAUGGCUUUUGUCUAUCUUUAUAAUGAAAAAAUAGAACAAGCUCAAGAAUAUCAUGAAAAAGCACUUAAAAUUUAUCGACAUGUUUUACCAUCUGAUCAUAUAAAUAUUAAAAUAAGUGAAAAAAAUUCUCAAUGUACAGAUUUUCAAAAAAUAAAUGAUGCUUAUAUUAAAGUUUGUUCACAAGUUUAA